CCCCAUCCUCCCCCUCUGCCAGGAGCGCCGCUCCUCGGUCGCGCGCAGGGGCAAGGUCCGGGAAUCUCGCUCGGGGCUAUCGCGAGAGCGGUGGGCGGGCGUGUCCGCCCAGGCCACUGGACGUCACCGGUCUGUCCGCGAGGUCGGAGACAAGAUGUCGCUGGGAGCGGCUCGCUGGCUGGCGGCGGCGGCGGCCGCUCGAAGCGGGACUCUAGGGACUGGGGCGGCCGCGCGGAAGGCCGGAAGCGGCCUGGGGCAGGGCCCGGUCCCUUCGCGAUCGCUCAUCGCUACCCGCAGCGGAGCCAUCUUGCCCAAGCCGGCUAAAAUGUCCUUCGGCCUUCUCCGGGUCUUCUCCAUCGUGAUUCCCUUCUUGUACUUUGGAACACUCAUUAGCAAGAAUUUUGCUGCCCUCUUGGAAGAACAUGACAUUUUUGUCCCAGAGGAUGAUGACGAUGACGACUAGUAGUCCAGCCUUCUUCCAAAGACAGCAGUGGGCACUGAUGACGUAUUAUUAGAGGUUACAGAGUGCCUCCUUCACCACAACCUUCUGAGGUACCUGCUACGAGUGGUCUCUGGCCCAUUUUAUAGAUGAGUAAACUAAGGUGCAGGGAAAUUAAAGAGCUUCCUCACUGUCACAUGACUGAUAAUUGGAAGCCAGGACUCCGGUCCUGAGGAUUCCCCAAUUUAAUGGUUUUUAAAUUAUUCCAAAGAAAAUAAACCAAUGAACUCCUCCCCGAGAAGGACACAGGCUGGAGAUACUGGAGGUCAUCCAGCAGGACUGGACCUGGGGAGGGGAACGAGGUUGGGAAAGGAUCCCAAGGUGCCUCCUGAGCACAGGCACUUCUUUGGCCUGCGGCGUGCCCCUGCCCCACUCUAGGGGCCCCAGAGCCCUCGGUGGAGGUUGGCGUGUUGGUUAUGGCCACCAGGUGGUAGGAGGGCACAGAGCUGGCCUGAACCUUCUCCUCUGAG